UUCUACUUUCCAUUUCAGGUAUAUUUGAGUUGUGAUUAUUUGGUUUUUGAGGAGCAAAUUACAGAAUUAUUCUCAUGUUCCUGUUUAUGUUAAAACAAUAUAGAACAUCAUGUUCCACAGACAGUUUUUUAGUCAUUAAUGCAACCACAGAUUGUGUCAUUAUGUUUUGAGUCAACUCAGAAGCUUUAGUGCAUUAUUUCUGCAAAAGGAUCCUCAGCAAAUUAUCUUUUUUUUUUUUAACUGACAGGCCCUUCCUCUGGAGGAUUCUUAAAGAAAACAAUAAUGUGUUGGUUCUAGUAGACAUGCUGGAAGAUGGAAGCUAUGCAGUUCCAGGAGUGGCUGCGGUCACUUUGCUCCCACGUAGGACUGAAAGUGUCUGAAUCGGAGGAGGUCUGGAGUUUGCUGCCGUCCUUGCCCUCCCUCUCCCUGUCCACCUCUCUGCUGAGCUUAGGAGCUCUGGCCUCCUUCACCGUGUACUGGCUGGUGACCCGUCCUCGGCCCUUGCGUCCCCCUUGUGACCUUCAAGCCCAGUCUGUUGCUGUCGGCGGAGAUCCGAGCUGCAGGCGAUCCGCUCUGCUCAAAGACGACACGCUGCUGGAAUUUUGCUAUGAUGAAGUCAAGACGGCGUAUACUAUGUUCCACAGAGGUCUGAAGAUCUCAGGAAACGGUCCGUGUCUGGGCUUCAGGAAACCAGGUCAGCCCUAUGAGUGGAUCUCCUACCUCCAGGUGGCUCAGGAGGCACAGUGGAUGGGCAGCGGCAUGCUGGCGAAAGGCUGCCAGAAGUAUAUCGGAGUAUUUUCCCCAAACAGACCUGAGUGGAUAAUCUCAGAGAUGGCCUGUUACACCUACUCCAUGGUUCUGGUGCCGCUGUACGACACACUGGGGAUGGAGGCGAUGGUCCACAUCCUCAACCUUGCUGAGAUAACACUAGUGAUCUGCGACCGAGAGCAGAGGGCGGCGUGUCUGCUGGAGUGCAAAGAGAACGGCUCCACUCCGAACAUCUCCUGCCUGGUUCUCUUCACUGACUUCAGCCAGGCCUUCGCAGAGCGGGCCAAGAAGUGUGAGGUGGAGGUUUUGAAACGGGACCAACUCAUGGAGCUGGGAAGGCAGAACCUCAAAGAUCCUGUGCCGCCCCAGCCUGAGGAUCUGGCAGUGGUUUGCUUCACCAGUGGAACCACAGGAAAGCCCAAGGGAGCCAUGAUCACCCACGGCAACAUCGCCUCCAAUACUUCCUCUGUCAUUAAGAUCCUGGAGGGUUCGUUCGCGAUCACACAAGAGGAUGUGUCCAUCUCAUACCUGCCGCUUGCCCACAUGUUUGAGAGGAUGAUUCAGCUCACGAUGUACUGCUACGGGGCCCGAGUAGGAUUCUUCCAAGGGGACAUCUCUCUUCUUAUGGAUGACAUUAAAACUCUCAAACCCACCCUGCUUCCUGUUGUACCUCGGAUACUCAAUCGCAUCUACGAUAAGAUCCAGGGUUCGGUGAGCUCUCCGUUCAAACGGCUCCUGCUGAACUACGCUGUGAGGAGGAAGCAGGCGGAGCUCCGUGACGGCAUUGUGCGAAACAACAGUUUGUGGGACAAACUGGUGUUCAACAAAAUUCAGGCCAGUUUAGGAGGAAACGUUCGAUUUGCCCUGACUGCCUCGGCGCCCAUCUCCCCCACGGUCAUGUCCUUCCUCCGAGCCACUCUGGGAUGUAUGAUCUGUGAAGGCUACGGACAGACGGAGUGCACUGGAGGCUGCACUUUCUCUUUGAUAGGGGACUGCAGCACGGGCCAUGUUGGCGCUCCCGUGCCGUGCGCCAUGGUGAAGGUGGAGGACAUCCCUGAGAUGAACUACUAUGCAAAAAACGGAGAAGGAGAGAUCUGUGUGCGUGGCCCCAGUGUGUUUAAAGGUUAUCUGAAGGACCCAGAGAAAACAAAGGAGGCCUUGGACAGCGACGGCUGGCUGCACACCGGAGACGUGGGCCAGUGGCUCCCUAACGGCACAUUGCGCAUUAUUGACAGAAAGAAGCACAUCUUCAAGCUGUCCCAGGGCGAGUACGUCGCACCAGAGAAGAUAGAAAACGUCUACCUGCGUUCUGUUCCCGUCCUCCAGGUGUUCGUCCACGGAGAUAGUCUGCAGUCUUAUGUUGUAGGAAUAGUUGUGCCCGACAGGGAGGUGUUUAUGGACUGGGCCAAGGAGCGCGGAUUUGUUGGCUCCUACGCGGAGCUGUGUCAAAAUCCCGAUGUAAAGAGUUCAGUUUUAGAAGACAUGAGAGCCGUGGGGAAGGAAGCGGGCCUCAAGUCCUUCGAGCAGGUGAAAGACCUUUAUUUGCAUCCGGAGAUGUUCAGCGUCGCCAACGGCCUUCUCACGCCUACCCUGAAAAGCAGACGAGCAGACAUCCGCAGAGUGUUCCAGGAGGAGCUAUCAAGCAUGUACAAGACGACAAUUUAGCUAAACAGACCGCCUGAGGGCCAUGGCGUCCAGAAGGGAAGAUAAACUAGUCCUGCAGAGCCUCGUGUAGAAAUGUACAGUAGGAGACAUUCUGACUGAUGGGCGUCUAACGAAUCCAGAUCAGGGAUUUGCCAGAUUCUGGGGGAUUACUUUUUAGAAGCUACCUUCAGAAACCUGAAGUUGGGUAUUUUUACUCUGCAAGAUUAAGGGGAUGUCAUUAUCAUUACUGUAGGUUUAUGUGUCCUCGUAUCACCAUGACAUAAGCUCAGUGGUCAGUCUGGAUUCAUCAUCGUUUCGACUUUCAAAGAUGUUAGAAAUAAAGAGAAAUUUUGUCUCAAAA